GCCAAAUCUGUCACACUUUCAUGCAAUAAUAUGACAGCAAACAUGAGUUCAAACAUGUGUUUAUCAAGCUCGGAAUAUUCCUGUAUAAUUUCAUGUUAUGUUUCGUGACAGAACCGCGCACGUGCUUUUAUGUAUUUUUCUUUUUUCUUUUAUAGUCUGUAUAAAUGUGUAUUCUUUCGGAUGUUUACAAGCGGUGGAUCUUAAUGAAAACGAACAUCAUUAACGGGGACAGAAGAACCGGAUGAGAAACAUGUUCGCGAGAUGUGAAACGAAAAUAAACUGACGGAGAGACUGACAUAAAACAAACAUGACAAAACUACCGACCUGCCUCAGUUUAUUAUAUUUAACAGCAAUGGUGUGUGUUCACGGUGAGUUCAUCGAGCCGCCUCCUUCAAUGUCACUGCGCUCUUUCUCUGACACACAAACGCGGCUGCCAUGUCGGUUUGCGGUGGACGGGGACGAGCGAGUCGUGCAGGUGACCUGGUCAAGACAGAAACCUGGAGGAGAGAGAGAACAAAUCAUCAUAGGACACUUUACUGAGGGACCCAAAGCGUCUACUGAUUUUGUGAAUCGUGUUCGGUUUGAGAGCUCUGAACCGACUCUGGAUUCGACACUGUUGAUUCUGAACACAAAGAAGGCCGAUCAGGCCACAUACACCUGUCACAUCUCAACAUUUCCCUCCGGAAACUUCGAGAGACAGAUUAGUCUCACCAUCUGGAUUUUACCAAUCUCGUCCCUGGAGCCGGUAAUCCUGCAGGAAGGACAAUCGUUCCGUGUGGCUGCUUCCUGUCGUUCGGUUGGCCACCCACCGCCGCGCCUCUCCUGGGACACGGACAUUCCUGGCCAGUCACAGAACCGGACCGGCGAGGAUGGGGUCGUGAGCUCGCAGUUUUCCCUGCACCCUCUGCGCAGCAUGAAUGGCGGCCGUCUGGACUGUCUCGUGUGGCAUCCAGCUUUAGACGGCCCACGAAGACUACACAACAACCUGAUCGUGCACUUUCCUCCAGAUGCAGAGAUCGAUUCUUCUGGUGCCUGGAGCUUUGGUCACAUAGGGGCGGAGCUCAGGUGUGCAGUUAAAGGAAACCCACUGCCACAAAACAUCACCUGGUCCAGGAAGGAAGGACGUUUGCCUGCUGGAGUUUCGGUUCAGGGUGAUAAACUGGUCUUCAGACAUCCUCUGAAUGUGUCUGAUGAGGGCGUGUACGUCUGUCAGACAGCAAACAGUGUGGGGAAGGUUAAAGCCGAGUUUAAAGUGGAGAUUGAAAGACAGAUGGAUGGAUUCACAUCAGCUAUCAGGAGUCAACCAGAGACCCUCCUCAUCAUUUUGGGGGCAUCCGUCGCCGGGGGUUUGGUGCUUGUCAUGGUAAUCGUCAUCAUUUUCGUGAACUGUCACCUCAGACGCAAGAACAGGAAGUUGAAAAGGGCGCUCAGCGUCAGAACAGAGGAAAUGAUCAGCCUCUCACGACAGGUGUCCAUGAGAAGACUCAACUCCAUCAACUCUGAUCCCAGAAUACAGCCGGAAGAGAGCUCGUUGAUUCGAGGGGACAGUGUCAUGAAAAACAGUGUAUUAUCAUUUGAGGACCACUCCACACAGAGUGACCCGAGAGGAAGAUACGCUGACGGAGAGUAUGACAGUCUCGGGCGUCCUGCGAUCCACAUGUCGUACCGGCCGGAGCGAGCCAGUAUGAGGCUGAGAGAGGAAGAGAAAAAUGAACGCAGACGAAGAGUCGAAUCUUUCGUGAGGGCCAGCAACAUGUCUCUGGAUUCUGGUCUUCACAGAGAUCAAAGUUCUUCUCAACAGAGAGAUGUGGAGACGGGUGGAGCAGGGUGGAAACGAGGCUCUCGCAGAGAGAUUCACAGAGAGGAACGUGAUCAGAGAGAUGGAGAGAUGCAGAGGGAUAGAAUUCCUGAAGGAGAGGAAGGAAACUCUUAUCAGUUAUCUGAAGCCACAUCGAACUACUUCCAGUGCAGUAACGAUGGACUCACUCCAAAGGAGAAUCCAAACUGCAUCAUACUGCACCCACGAGGACAAAUGAUCUAACGAACCAUAAAUGGUGCCAUUUGAACUCCAGGAAUGAAGAUGUAAACAAAGUGUUUUCCGUUCAUCAUCGGAAUAUGUAGUUUGAUCGUCUCUAUGGUCACAAAAGUGACACGGACAGUGUGUUAAAGUCAUAGUUCACUUCACGUUUGUCCAAAACAGCAUGAUGUUCUUUCUUCUGUGGAAUGCCAAAGCAGAUGUUUAGCAGAAUGUUCAUGCUGCUCUUUUCCAUUUAGUGAAAGCAUACAGUGAGCAGGGGCAAAUAGCUCUAAGCAUUUCCAGUUUAAGCAAAAUCGGGAUUAUAAAGUAACUUUUUUCUUAAGUUUGAAAAGGGUUAGGCUCAAAAGUUACGGACAACAAAGCAAUUUUUCACAUUUCUUGACCUAUAGGUGGCACUGUCACCAAACUUUGCAUGCAGUCUCAGAUGAUGGUCCUGAUGAAGCAUACCAAGUUUCGUUUCAAUAUGACAAAGCGUUUCCAAGAUACAGUCUCAAAUCCUUUUUCAUGCCCACCUCGGAAACUGUGUUCACGUAACUUUUGAGCAAAGUUGAAAAUCUCAAUUCUGCAUUAUUUAUUUUGUGCGAACAUUUUUUUUUUCUAGUAUUAUUAUUAGUAAUAUAAGAGUAAUAUUAUUAUUUUUUUACAAACACGGCAUAAACGGUUCGUUAUGCAUGAACAUAUGUAGCUAGCGUUUUAUUUAAGGGGGGCCCUUGCAAGAGGAUGAUCAUAUUUGGGGUCCAAAGCAUUAAAACGAUUGAAAACACCCAUUUUACCCUACUUUUAGUACCUUUUUGAGCUCAAAAGCAUCUGUCCCUGUUCACUUUCAUUUUAUGGCAAAGAGCAGCGUGAACAUUCUGCCUAAUAUCUCCUUUUUUUGUUCCACAGAAGAAAGUCAUAUAAGUUUGGAACAGCAUGCAGGUGAGUAAAUGAUGACAUAAUUUACUUAAGAUGCUUAAAAUGAACUCCCUUAUAUAAGAGGAUGUGAUGGAAAAAUGAAGAAUUGCAGGAGUUUUCAAAGUCUUCGCUGGAUUAUGAGGCGUAUCAGCUUCAAAGAGAUUUCAGCAGUAUCAACAUGUGAUCUCAGACAGUAGUCGGCAUAUACUGGAUAAUUGCAGGCAUAUGCAGUGUGGUUAAAUAUACGCCUGAGAACACCUGCACAUCUCUGCUGACUCAGACUGACUUGAAGUGAAUCUUCUGGACCAAGUCUGUGCAAAAGUUGUGUUGAUCAUAAUUGUUAUGCCUCAUCUAGACACAGUCUACCUCUGCAGCACUCAAAAAUUUGAAAGUGAAGAUUUUGGAUGUUAAAACACUUUGAAACUUUGACUCUGAUGCUUUCAAAACAUUGUUUCUUAGAAUGGCCCGUCGGCUUCUGGUUCAACCAGUGAUGUGAUUUUGAGGCCGGAACGAGCUGUUCAGCCGACAAAUGGAGUGUUUAGACAAUCUAUUUUGAAACAUUAAUUAUUUUUGCAACUAUGCCACUUGUGCCACCGCAAUCACACAUUGUACCAUUAAAGUUUUCUCCAGUGUGUCUAGAUAAUGGACAAAAGUCUGGAUGUGAGGAGACUGCCCGCGGUUAAUCCAUUCCAGGUGUUGAAGACCAAUCAUCGGAUGUUCUUGUUUGUUGAGUUUGCACUGUUUGAAUUUAUAAAUCCAUUAAUUGCCAGUUAUUCUAUAUUUAGUUUUUGUAAUGCUGUAAUAUACUGGCUUUGGAGCUCUUCUCUCAAAGAGACGUUUGGAAACAGGAGGUUUAUAUUAAUAGUAUCAAUAAGUGGCCGUUGGCUCGCAAAUGUAUUCUGUUUGACUUAAAUUUUGGGUAGAGGCUUUCCAUUUUAAAUUCAAAACUAAAAAUGACUGUAAAAUUAAGUAUUUCUACUUUAUGGUUCUUUCCAAAUUUUCUUAACCCUUAUGUUGUGUUCCAGUCAUUUUGACCUGGAUGACUUUGUGUGUGUGUGUAUGUGUAUAUAUAUAUAUAUAUAUGUGUGUGUGUGUGUGUGUGUGUGUGUGUAUAUAUAUAUGUGUGUGUGUGUGUGUGUAUAUAUAUACACACACACACACACACAUUUAAAAAAAAAAAAAAGAUUUUUUAUACUUAAUCCAAUUGGAAUAAAAUUCCUUGAAUUUGUUCACAUAUUGUAUCAGAAAACACACAAACAUUUGACAAUUUUCUUUCAAAAUUUUUUUUGGUUUUAUUUCGCUUUGUUACACCUGUUGUGUUCCCGGUCAAAAAUGAAUGGGCGGGGCAAAAAAACAAAACAAAAAAAAAACAAAAAAAGAAUAAAUGAGGGUUCGGGAGCCUGUAUGUGCAUGUGUGCUUGCACUAAUUCAAUAUUUAGUGAAACUAUAUGGAUUAUUUGAGAUUCAUAAACCAUUAAAAUGGGUCGGUCAUUUUGACCCGGGAACGCAAGGAGUGGUAGCCAAUGAGGAACACAGCAAAAGGGUUAAAAAAGGGUUGACUUACAUUACAAAACUUGCUUUUCACCAAAGUAACAUCCAUUACAGGUAGUUACUGCUGUAAAACCACACAUUUGAAAAUGACUUGUGCUAGUAAUUGAAACAAAAUCAGUGUAAAAAACUUUUAGAAUGUAUUAUUUUUUUCUAAUGCAGUGAUAGCUAAUAAUAAAAACGUUUUAACAGUUUUACUGUUUAAAAAAAUAGUUGUAAAACUAUGGUGUUUUGGCUGUAACUAUGGUUACAAUGUUGCAUUUUUAUAAUGGAUAACCAGAUUUUGGGAGCAAUUAAAUCAUUAUUCAACAGUGAGAAAUAUUGUCUACUGUAACACUCUACCAAGGAAACCUUUAACUACUAAAAACAUAAAACUGUUUUUUUCUAGUUCUAUAUUAUAAUAUAAUAUAGUAAUAUUUGGAACUGUGGAGUGUUUUACAUUUUCUGAUUUGUACUGACAGCCAGCACAUUGUACUGUCAAUUACUGACAACAUGAAUAUAAUGGCAAUAUUAGUUAUCAAAGUCUUGUAUUAAUUGAUUAGAUUAGGUGAUGUAACUUUUUGGUAGGCAAAGUUAAACACAAAAGGGUAGUGAUUGAACUGCAUUUUUUUUUCUUCCAUACAAUGAAAGUGAAUGGUGACUGAGGCUGUCAACAUCUCAUUUUGUGUUCCAUGAGAAAUGAGUACAUUAAAUGAUGACAGAAUUUUCAUUUUUUGGGUGCACUAUGCUUUUAAGUACAUAAGGUGUUUUUGCAUUUUUUAUAUUUUCUAAUGACACAUGAUUGUCAAAAGUGUUAAGGAGAGAAAAAUAGAGGACCACUGAUCAGUGAAAAACUUUAAUAAAUAUUA